AACUUGAAUCAAGUUCCUGCACGCAGAGCUUCUGGUGACUUUGCUCCAGCCAUGAGUGGAAAGGGUUGUCAGCUCCUGGUGUCUCCUUGCAGCGUGUCCCCAUCAUUAAGCAUGAUCAGAGGACACCAGUCCCCAUCCAUCAGAAUAUCCAUGCCUUCACCACAACGAGCCGAUCUUAGUUACUCCUCGGGCAUGGAGAAAGUGAAAACAGGUGCCAUCCACUCCUUUGUUUCUGGGACACAGAGCGGAGGCCAUGUUGUCCUGCCGACCCUGAGCCUCCGCAGACAGGUGUUGACCAACGGGACACAUCUAAACAUUUCGACUGCAUCCCUACAAGUGCCUGCUCAUCAUCCCACAACCAAAAGAGUGACACCCGCCAUACAGACGGGACGCUGCUCCUCUAACAACAACUUCAAAGCCGAUUGCUCUGGGUCUGGGCCUACCAUGGAAGUCUUUGGUCAGCCAGCCGCUGCUAAUCUGACGGUGACCAGCAGCCCCAUGACUGUUGUCACAGGCCGACGGUAUACUGCAAGGCCUGCAGCACAACAGCCCCCAACACAUCCACACAGUGUGCAGAUUCCCCACACUGAUGCCAGAUCCUUACAUUCCAGAGAAUCCCUGGCAUCCACUACCCUAAGUCUGUUUGAAACACAGUCUAUGUUUAGUGGCAGACAUGACUGGUCGUAUGGCUACCGUGUGCUUCCUCCACUGGGUCUACCUCAGUGCUCCGCCCAGGCCAGCGAAGGAGGUGAGCAGCUCAGCCUUCCCCCUGGCACGGCCAUGUCCGGCACGACCAUAUCAGGUGGCACCAGCACCUCCGCCUCGCUGCCCUCGUAUCUUUUUGCAGGUGAUGCUGGAAGCCCCAGGCAGUCACGGGCUAAGAAGAGAGCGCUCUCCAUGUCGCCUUUGUCGGAUGUCAUGGGCAUUGAUUUCAACUCCAUCAUACGCACCUCACCUACUUCACUUGUGGCCUAUAUCAAUGGCUCCCGCAGCUCUCCAGCCUCCCACACCACACUCUCACCUGUCCAAUCUGAAGGUUAUGGUCACUUCCUGGGUGUGAGAGGCCGCUGCAUCCCCCACGCCCAUCCCUACAGCAUGCCAGGCUCUUCGCAGGCUCUGGCCCCUCAGACGGAUUAUGGCCGUAUGCAGAUGCUUGAAGAGGGAGGGGGUCUGGAGAGCCAGAUGGCUAACAUGGUGGUGGACCAGCAGUGCCUCCCUGGGGAAGGAGGGUCACUGGAGAAGAGAGCAGAGAGCUGCAGCCAAACCACCAACAAUCUGCUGCCACCUCCACAGUUACAGCCAGCCCUGCUGGCUACUAUCCAAGAGGCUGCUAUUCCACAGGGGCCUCCACCACCCUACCACUCACACCAGCACAUCCUCAAUAGACAGUACUAUAAAAUAAAGUCCCCUUCUCAGUUCCCUCCAACACAAGUUCAUCACAGGCAUGGGGUGAACUUUCUACCCCAGGUCCCUAUGCUGGAGGAAGAAGAAGGAGAGCUGGAGGACUAUGGGGCCCACUGCUGCAGGUGGUUGGACUGUAGUGCAGUCUACGACCAAAGGGAGGAGCUGGUAAAGCACAUAGAAAAGCUACAUGUGGACCAGAGGAAGGCUGAGGAUUUCACAUGCCACUGGGUGGGCUGUCCACGCAACUUCAAGGCCUUCAAUGCCCGAUACAAGCUUCUUAUCCACAUGAGGAUCCAUUCGGGAGAGAAACCCAACAAGUGCACGUUCGAGGGCUGCAAGAAGGCUUUCUCUCGACUAGAAAAUCUGAAGAUCCACCUGCGUAGCCACACGGGGGAGAAACCCUACAUGUGUCAGCACCCAGGAUGUCACAAGGCUUUCAGCAACUCAAGUGAUAGAGCCAAGCACCAGCGUACACACCUGGACACAAAGCCAUAUACCUGCCAGGUGCCUGGCUGUGCAAAGCGUUACACUGAUCCCAGCUCCUUGAGGAAACACGUGAAAUCCCACUCGACUAAAGAACGGCAGUUACGGAAGAAGAUGAAAUCCACUGCUGAUGUGACUCAAGACACGCUGACAGACUGUUUAACCAUCCACCCUCUGCAACCAAGCCUUUCUCCACUGGCGAGGAUACACUUGAACUCUCCACCUUGUGCAUCCCACGAGUCAUAUUUUGGUCUGGCUGCUCCACAGGGACGAGACUCCUCCAGCAAUCCUCACCUGGCUCUGUUGUGCUCCUUACAAGAUGAAUACAGGUUUGUUGAUCCCUCCCCUCACCAGCUCCUCCCCGGGGACCGGUGCGGGCCUUGCCCUCCCACCUGCCUCCCUCGUCCUCCCAAUGGGACAUCCCUACAGAACAAGCGAGAUCUGAAGCAGCCCAGCCAGCCUCCUGAUAUGGCAGAGCACAAUCCAGAGCUCUCAGGGCAGAUUACAAUGAUAUAUUCUCCUCCACAAUAUGGCGGGAUCGCAGCACGGACCAGCUCAAGUCACCUGAUGCAGGUUGAUGCCUUUGGUGACAGCCUCGCUCCAGCAGUCAAUCAUCCCAAUGGGGUGGCCACCUUACAAACGUCUCUUUCCUGCAUUACAGGCGCAUCUGCAGGAUUUGAUGUCCACAGUCAAGCACAGGAUGUGGAUCCUGAUCAAGAACUGCAUGGAAGGGACUUCUUCAGUGGGGUGGACCACUGUACAAGCCAGAUCUCCUGCAUCCAUACAGAGGGAUGAUAUUACUUCUGGCGGUUUUGUUCCUUUGCACUAUUUUGUGUCCCCGUUCCAUUUAAAAAAAAGGGACAGUUCACCCCAAA